AGAACUAUACACCAAAUUCAACUAUGUCUAUCGAAGAAAUCCCACAAGGCGCCGACAUCCAAGUCAUCUCUAAGAACGAAAAGAAGGCUAGAGAUGCCAUCAAGAAAUUCAACUUGAAGCAAAUCAAAGGUAUUUCUAGAGUCACCUUCAAGCAAAGAGGUAACCUCAUUUAUGCCAUUGACACCCCAGAAGUCUACAAGUCUGUUUCUGGAACUUAUAUUGUCUUUGGUGAAGCCAAGGUUGAUGACAUCAACCAAAGGUUCGCCGACCAAGCCGCUGCUGGUGAAGAUGACCACGAAGGUCACGACCACUCUCACGAAGGCCAUGAUCACUCUCACGAAGACAAGUCUCCAGAAUCCAUUACUGCUGACUUGGAAAAGGCCAGCUUAGGAGGAGCUACCGUUGAAGAAGAAGAUGAUGACGAAGAAGUCGAUGACACUGGUUUGGAUCCUAAAGAUAUUGAAAUCAUCAUUGAACAAACCAAGGUUUCUAGAGCUAAGGCUGUCAAGGCUUUGAGAAAGCACGACGGUGACAUGGUGAACGCUAUUAUGGAAUUCGCUUAGAUAGUAAUAUACACGUUAUCAUUAAUGUUAUGCCCCUAGGCGUGUUAUCGCGACACCAACUUAGGUGUGGGGCUGGGACGAUUCUGCCUCGGGGCCUUCAUUGACGGGGGAAAUUUCAGGUUCUUGAUCCUUCUUCACGGGAGAAAUGUCAGCUUGUUGAUCCUCCUUAACGGGGGAUAUGGAUUCCUUUGGCUCUGUUUGAGGGAUAGAUGCUUGUGGCGAUACUGGCGUUGCCAAUGGUUUUGAUUCUGGUCCUGGAUUUGUAGAAACCGGGUUCUCCGUACCAUCUCCAUUCAAAAACUUGCAAUAGGGACAUACGAAUGUGACGGUGGCCGGGUCCUUGGUGCUGGGAGGAGCCAACCCGCAGUGGUUGAAGCAUUUUUUGCAGAUUAACGCAUAACGAUUCUCGAUAGAUUCGUCCUCAGAUCCAACGAGAAUAUCAAGAAUCCGGUCUUGAAUAGUCCGCUUACUGGGUCCGGGUGGCGCCUGCUGAAAUGUGGGAUUCGUGUUUCCCAGUUCCUGAUGUUUCGUAGGUGGAAGUUUACCGGUAGCAGCUUUAGCAGCAGUGUUAGCUGGAACAGCACUCUUUACUUCAGGGGUACUAUUCUUCUUGGGUGAGUCGUACUUUGUCAACAACUGGUUGGUGGUGUUGUAAUUGGUCAACUUCUUUAAUUCGUCAAUCUUGGCCUUCUGCUUUCUUUUCAACUUCCGGGCCUUAUUGCUUCUGGAACUGAUCAUUAACGUGAUAAGCUUCCUCAAUAUGUAUGCAAGUAAAAAUCCCACACCGGGUAUACCGCCAAUCACCAAGAGCUGGGAUCUCAGUUGAUUGGUUAGAAACCACUUGAGAUAGUUGACAUGCCCCGAAUUGGCUGGCAUUUUGACUAUUAAAACACUCAUCACCAACACAUAAAAGAUCGAGAAGUAGUAGGCAAUGCUGUAGACGAUGCGUUUUUUCAAAUCAUUCAACUUGAGCAUCUCCUGGUGGUUCUUGUUGAUGGCGACGUUGAUGUCACUCAACUCCUUCUCAAAUCCUUCAAUGUCAAGCUUACCGCUUGAAAAGAGCUUGAACACACCCAUACUUAGCAACUCUAUUGUG